UCACCGUCGUGACUCGACGAAACACGACCCGGAACUAGAAACAAUGCCGGACGGAUAAUGAAGUCCAGAUUCCGUCACAUGAAUCUUUAGCUUUCACAGAAAUAUAAGACCUAAAGGGCGGGAAGGAGUGACGUGUAUCUAAUAAAACCUAAAACAUUUUACUGCUGAAUCGACAACAGCGGAUAAAAAAGAUGAGGGAUAAUUUAAAGGGAAACUGUCCUCGUCUUCCUCUCUCCGCUCUUCGUCUCCUGGUCUCACCGGUCCGUCUGGUCUCUGCAGCAGUCUGGCAGACCGUAGAGCAGAAGGCAGUGGCUCAUUAUGGGGUGCUGGAGGAGUUUGUUUCCAUGGUUACAGACCUUGUCCCGGAGCUGCUCACCACCCGACAGAGGGCCCAACUGGUCCUGGGCCUGAGAGCGCGGCUCAUUCUGGAGUUAUGUCAGUGUGAAGAUUCCGCUCACUCAGAGGUUGUUCAGCCUCACCUGGACAGGAUGCAGACGCUAAUCCAGGCCUGUGUAAAGGAGGCUGGAACCACAAAUGUAGACGUGCCAAACUCAGACUUUGUGGAUUUUGUGAAAGACAUGUUGAAAGAUCCAGAGACGAGAGACAACUUCUAUGAGACAGUUUUCCCUGAAGAGUUUGGUCCUGCGUUUGACGAAGCUCUGUGCACUCUGACAUCGCUGCUUCUGUGCAGACUGGAGAAGUUUCUUCCUCUUCACACUUUCCAACAGGUUGCCUCCAUGUUUGGUGACGUGUCAUCAGUUCUGCAGGACUGUAUGGCGCCCGUGUCUCAAGGGGACGAGCUUAGAAUCGUCCUGCAGUAUCACAAAGAAAACAGUCAGCUUGACCACAAUGACGGUUCCUUGGAUGGUGCCUGUAUUAUUUCAGCUCUCAAAUUUCACUCUGUAAAAACAACAGUGGCGUGUAGAAAACAAGCACAAGACGCCAUCUUGGAUCAAGUUCCAUCGCACACAGGGACAGAGGUCGUACCGUCACCUCGUACAACACAAACAAACACCGACACAGUCCCACAAUGUCACCCAAUUGGGAUAAAACACAGUGUCCAGCUCAAUCCUGCCUGCAAAUCUGCCCAGAGGAAAGAAAAAACAUCCACAGUGGUUGUGUCUGUCAACAAGAAUCCAAGCAUCUCCAGGAAUGACUCAGCAAAUACAGCUCCUGACACUAACUGCAGUGAAGAUGACUCGUGGUCUUACUACUCGGACGAUGAUCCUUUCUGUCGCAGUCCCAGUUCGUCGGAUUCUUGGUCUUACUACUCGGACACCGCCUCGUCUUUGGUGUCUCCCGGUAAAAGUUCGACUGGGUAUGAUUCACCGUCAGGCUGCUCAGAUGAGGACCCUCCCUACAAGCGUCAGAAAACUUUGUCCUCUUCAAAAAGAAAGCCAGGAAUCGCUGACACGGAUGUUGCCGCACAGAAAAAAAACCACUACACUUACUGCUUUAUCUGCAAGAAACGUAUAAACAUGAGCCUGAGAGGUCACAUGAAAACGCACUUCCCCUCGGGGAACUACACCUGCCCUCGCUGCAACAAGAGAUUUAAGCUCUACAUGUCUUUACAGAGGCACUUGCAGAAAAUUUGCUUCGAGUCUACGAGGCAGCAGGUGAACGCGGGGAGUCCGGAGGUCGCCAAGAACCUUCACAAAUGUGACAAAUGCCAAGAUGCGUUUAGUUACAAAGUUUCCCUGGCCAGGCACAAAAUAACCCACCACGAGUUGUACUGCAGCGUGUGCAGGAGGGUGUUACGGGACGCGGCGACGUUAGCGCGACACAAGGCCUCGCACACCGCGUUUAAGUGCAUCCGCUGUAACGAGACCUUCACUCUCUUUCUGCUGCUACUCAGACACUGUGAGAACGUCCACAAAAUUGGCAAACCGUUCAAAUGCGACCACUGCCCGAAGACGUUCCCCAAGCUCCGUGUCCUGAUCCUCCACGAGUGGAAGCACACGGGUCACCUGCCGUUCCAGUGCGCCCAGUGCGGCUCUCGAUUCCGAUGUGACACGGAUCUCCUUCUCCACGAACGCGUCCACACGAGGGAGAGGCCCUUCCUGUGUCCGGAGUGCGGCAAGACGUUUGCCCAGAAUUCCAACCUGAUACGUCACAUGAAUCUCAUCCACGGUGAGUUUCGGAACGAAAAGAAGCAUUCGUGCUCGCAGUGUGAGAAGUCCUUCAAGGAGAAAGGAUCACUGAAGAAGCACCAGCGGACCAGCCACCUCAAAGAGCUGUUCCGGUAUCCGUGUCCGCACUGUGGGAAGCUGGUGUCCCGGUCGACGCUUGUCAGACAUGAACUGAUCCACACUGGAGAGAGACCUUUUAAAUGCACGGUGGCAGAAUGUGGCAAGGCCUUCAGGUCGGCAACUGAGGUGAAGAAUCACGUCCUGUUACAUCACACGUCGGAGAGGCCGUUCAGAUGUGAUGUCUGUGGCAAGGGCUUCACAAGGAAGGGGUUUCUCACCGCACACGCCAAAAUACACUUGGGAGAAAGGCCUUUUGUUUGUCCCACAUGCGGGAAAGCUUUCCUCAAACUCUACAGCAUGGAGAGACACAAAAAGCUGGUUCAUACAGUUGUUAAAGAGUAAAUCUACAGCCCCAAUCUCACCUGGUAUUAACCCUUCAGGUGACCCUGGACAGGUCACCAGUCCAUGGUUUUUGAAUUUUCUUGUUAUCAUGAAUGGUUUUAGGAGUUACGGUAACAGAUGGGUUAAAGUAGAGCUAUGCAGGACCCUAAGUAAUUGGAUCACUCAGGACAGAUGUUCAUACCAGGUCUUAACGUGGUCUACCUCACAUCGUGAACCUGCAGAAGCUCUGAGACAAACUUUGUCAUGGUGUUUGUGAUUCAUUAUGAACCACAGACUGUGAUGUUGUAAUAAAAUUGCACCAAAUUAA